CUAAGUCAGCAAAAUAAGUUAGGUUAGUUCUAUACUAUUCAAAAUUAUUGAAAAUUUUUGAGUAUACUAAUAAUAAUUUCAAGUUUAUAUCAGUUCGUAGUUCUACGUAAAUAUAUUUUCAUGUGAAAAGAAAAAGAGAACGGAAUGGAUGUCGCUGUGACAGAAAUUCUAAAUAAGUUGGAAGAUGAAGAAAUUAUUGGAUUAGCGAAAACGGUUACUCAAGGUCUUCUAAAAAGCAAAACAGAAAAUCGAAAAGAUGCCAUAGAAGCAAUUUUAAAGCAUUCUCCCAACGAGUUAAGCAUUUUAAGAAGAAAAUGUAUAACCAAAGAUGUGUUAUUUGAAUAUGUCCAUCAAAAUGAUAUCCAAGUUUCUUUGCCAAUUACAAAACCAGAACUAAUUGAUGUAAUUUUUACUUUUUGGAAAAAGAGGGCUUCUGAUAAGAGUACUAACAGUGAAUCCAACAUUACUCCUUCUAUUGAGCUAUGUAAAUCAACCAGUAACGUUAAUAAUAUGGCAGAACAGUUUUCAGCAUGGUUUUAUAGUAUGUUGAAUCAAUCUCGGCCAAUGGGAAGAGAACACUUUUGGAAUGAUGCAAAAUUAACUGUUAAUAUUCUAAAUGAUGCACAGUGUCAAAAUCAUAAUAUUGACGGAGACACUUUAGAAAUUGUAAAUGUGUUAUUUAAAUUGAAACAGGAAUAUAAUCUGAUGUUUAAUCCCAAUCUAGUGAAAGAAGGUGUUCAGGGACGAUUAGAUCCCCACGGUCUUGUUCUUGUUUUGGCAUGUGGAACAUUACAUAUAGGUAGUGACUGUGUAGGAGUUUUUGAACAAGUGUUUGCCUUAGUUAGAGACCCUUCUGCAGAUAAUAACUGGAAAAUAAAGAAUACUGAACUAAUAUUAAGAAGAAAAAUUGUAAAUGCUGCUCCAAAGUUGUGUGACAGUAAACUGACUGAUGGUUUAUUGCAGUUGCCCUCAAGUCAGAUGUAGCAAUUUGGUAAAACAAUGUUUUUGUUUAUACGAAUAUUUAUUUUUUGUUUAUGUAAAUAUAGAUAGGUAUUUAUUUGUUACAGAAAUAUUUGUUUAGAUACAGAGAAAAUGUU